GUCCCCUGAACCACAGCCCCUUGCCAGCUCCCUUUAAGCACAGGAUCCUUUGAUGCAACAGAGGCUGCCUUCUCCGGCCAGCAAGCCCUGUGAGCCUUUCCGGGAGAAGGUUUCACCAGAGAACAGCAAGUCCUUUCUUUGCUUUCUUUUCCUCUUCCUCCGGGGGCCAAAAAUAGGGCCUGAAUGGGACCCAGCUCUGGGCCUGCAGUGAGACAAUAGCAGCCUCCUGACUGAAGCUGCCUCCUGGCUCUGCUCCACGGAGGGGCGGGGGAGAAGGGGAGUUGCAGAGACACCAUCCCCUCAGCCCCAAGCCCCUGCUGCCUUUCCCAUGGCCUCUGCCAGAAAUCAUCCCAAAGCCCCUUCCUCUGUUGGACUCCCCUCAGAACGUGAUUGCCAGUGGGGUUCCCCACUUGUGCUCUGAGAAAGUGCUUGUAGCUGGUUGACUGAGACCCCAGGACCUUUUGCACCCCUGAGCAACCCCACCCUAUCUGCUGGCCUGGAACCGAAAACCUCGGUGGGGGUUCUAACCCCUGGUUCUUUUCUGUGCCCUGUCUGGGGCGUACCACAGUUUUUAUGUCCUUUUCCCUUUGACUCAGUGGGUAUGAAAAACUUAGAGAUCAAAGGAAUGUGCCCUCUUGGAAGAGAGCGAGCUCCCUGUCACUGGAGAUGUUCAAAUAAAGUUGGCUGAGCAUUGAACGUGGGGGAGAGUUAGGGAUUAACCAAGUGCCAGAUGGACAACUGGUCUUGAUAGCUUCAUGUCCCAGAGAAAAUCUCCAUUUAAAUUCCAUACCCUUCCCUUACCAGCUAGGUGGCUCACAGCAAGUCACAUCCCCCGAGCCUCUGUUUCCCAAUCUGUAAGGUGGGUCCCCUAGGGCUAACCUUGCAGAGUGGUAGAAAUGGAUCUCCAAAAUGCCCAGUGUAGUUCCUGGCACACAGUAGGAGUUUCAGAAGCUCUGCCUCUAUUUUCCUCCCUCCCCAGACUGGCAAAAGAGAAUCUGAGCUCCUAGCCCCCCGGGAGCUCUAGAAGGAAGCCAGGAGGAACCUCCAGGCCUAGGGCUAACUCAGAAGGGGGAUUCUUGGUAGGCUGUGGCAAUCUGAGAAGGCUUCCUGGAGGAGGUGGACCCUAAGGAGUUUUCAGAGAAAUAUGAUGCACACAUUAUGCUCACAAAAGCAAGUGGUGGAAGCCAGUGGUGGGAUUAGAGGGUGUUCAGCUUGUUUUGAGGGCAGGGCCACAGGCUGGCAGCUUCCAGAAGCAAAUCCAGCUACUGUUAGGCAUAAUUUGGUUACUGGGUGGCCUGCACUGGGUUCUAAAAAGAUUUGGUUUUGGGCCAGGCGCGGUGGCUCACACCUGUAAUCCCAGCACUUUGGGAGGCCGAGGCGGGCAUAUCAUGAGGUCAGGAGUUCGAGACCAGCCUGGCCAGCAUAGUGAAACCCUGUCUCUACUAAAAAUACAAAAAUUAGCUGGGCAUGGUGGUGGGCACCUGUAGUCCCAGCUACUCGGGAGGCUGAGGCAGGAGAAUCGCUUGAAACUGGAAGGCUGAGGUUGCAGUGAGCUGAGAUCACGCCACUGCACUACAGCCUGGGCGAAAGAGCGAAACUCUGAGAAAAAAAAAAAGAUUUGGUUUUAAAGUCAAUGUUGACAAAUUUGCAGAUUUCAUGUAAAAACCUGGGGCUCUGCCUCUCUCGAGAAAUUGGAAGCUCUGGCUCUUUGUGGUCCCUUCAAGACAGGCAGGUGUCCCUGGGGCUCCCCAUAAAUCGCUGUCCUAACCCCUGCCCUCCCUCCUGCCAGCUCCCUGUCUGGCCUGGGCAGCGUCUGAGUUGAGGACUUGGGCACAGGACAAGUUACGGAGCCACGUUGCUUUGCUGGGUCUGAGCCGGGGUGUGACGUAGUCCCUGCAGCUGCCAACGGUUGCCAGGGCAACGGUUGCCAGGGGCUGCUGUCACCUGCGCCCCUUCUCCCGCGCUGGCGGCUGGGGCUUCUCAGCCUCUAUUCCCUGGCUGUCCCCUUUGUUUGAAGCUCCAGUGAGGGAGCAGUGGCUGGGGUGGCCCAGCUUCAAAGUCUCUGUCCUCUUGAAAAGAGGUGGUCGGGGGACAUUGACCCACCAGCCCCGCAGGCUACUGCCUGCAAACAAGAACCCCUCAUCUGCCACGCACGUUCUUAAUGUAUCUAUAGUCCGCCUGAUGCCACAAAGGAGUCCAGGGUCUCGCUCUGUCACACAGGCUGGAGUGCAGUGGUGUGAUCUUGGCUCAUCGUAACCUCCACCUCCCGGGUUCAAGUGAUUCUCAUGCCUCAGCCUCCCGAGUAGCUGCGAUUACAGGUGGUGACUUCCAAGAGUGACUCCGUCGGAGGAAAAUGACUGCCCAGUCGCUGCUGCAGACGACACUGUUCCUGCUGAGUCUGCUCUUCCUGGUCCAAGCCUCUGCCUCCUCAGGUGCCCACGGCAGGGGCCACAGGGAAGACUUUCGCUUCUGCAGCCAGCGGAACCAGACACACAGGAGCAGCCUCCACUACAAACCCACACCAGACCUGCGCAUCUCCAUCGAGAACUCCGAAGAGGCCCUCACAGUCCAUGCCCCUUUCCCUGCAGCCCACCCUGCUUCCCAAUCCUUCCCUGACCCCAGGGGCCUCUACCACUUCUGCCUCUACUGGAACCGACAUGCUGGGAGAUUACAUCUUCUCUAUGGGAAGCGUGACUUCUUGCUGAGUGACAAAGCCUCUAGCCUCCUCUGCUUCCAGCACCAGGAGGAGAGCCUGGCUCAGGGCCCCCCGCUGUUAGCCACUUCUGUCACCUCCUGGUGGAGCCCUCAGAACAUCAGCCUGCCCAGUGCCGCCAGCUUCACCUUCUCCUUCCACAGUCCUCCCCACACGGCCGCUCACAAUGCCUCGGUGGACAUGUGCGAGCUCAAAAGGGACCUCCAGCUGCUCAGCCAGUUCCUGAAGCAUCCACAGAAGGCCUCAAGGAGGCCCUCGGCUGCCCCCGCCAGCCAGCAGUUGCAGAGCCUGGAGUCGAAGCUGACCUCUGUGAGAUUCAUGGGGGACACGGUGUCCUUCGAGGAGGACCGGAUCAACGCCACGGUGUGGAAGCUCCAGCCCACAGCCGGCCUCCAGGACCUGCACAUCCACUCCCGGCAGGAGGAGGAGCAGAGCGAGAUCUUGGAGUACUCGGUGCUGCUGCCUCGAACACUCUUCCAGAGGACGAAAGGCCGGAGAGGGGAGGCUGAGAAGAGACUCCUCCUGGUGGACUUCAGCAGCCAAGCCCUGUUCCAGGACAAGAAUUCCAGCCAAGUCCUGGGUGAGAAGGUCUUGGGGAUUGUGGUACAGAACACCAAAGUAGACAACCUCACGGAGCCCGUGGUGCUCACCUUCCAGCACCAGCUACAGCCGAAGAAUGUGACUCUGCAAUGUGUGUUCUGGGUUGAAGACCCCACAUUGAGCAGCCCGGGGCAUUGGAGCAGUGCUGGGUGUGAGACCGUCAGGAGAGAAACCCAAACAUCCUGCUUGUGCAACCACUUGACCUACUUUGCAGUGCUGAUGGUCUCCUCGGUGGAGGUGGACGCCGUGCACAAGCACUACCUGAGCCUCCUCUCCUACGUGGGCUGUGUCGUCUCUGCCCUGGCCUGCGUUGUCACCAUUGCCGCCUACCUCUGCUCCAGGGUGCCCCUGCCGUGCAGGAGGAAACCUCGGGACUACACCAUCAAGGUGCACAUGAACCUGCUGCUGGCCGUCUUCCUGCUGGACACGAGCUUCCUGCUCAGCGAGCCGGUGGCCCUGACAGGCUCUGAGGCUGGCUGCCGAGCCAGUGCCAUCUUCCUGCACUUCUCCCUGCUCGCCUGCCUUUCCUGGAUGGGCCUCGAGGGGUACAACCUCUACCGACUUGUGGUGGAGGUCUUUGGCACCUAUGUCCCUGGCUACCUGCUCAAGCUGAGCGCCAUGGGCUGGGGCUUCCCCAUCUUUCUGGUGACACUGGUGGCCCUGGUGGAUGUGGACAACUAUGGCCCCAUCAUCUUGGCUGUGCAUAGGACUCCAGAGGGCGUCAUCUACCCUUCCAUGUGCUGGAUCCGGGACUCCCUGGUCAGCUACAUCACCAACCUGGGCCUCUUCAGCCUGGUGUUUCUGUUCAACAUGGCCAUGCUAGCCACCAUGGUGGUGCAGAUCCUGCGGCUGCGCCCCCACACCCAAAAGUGGUCACAUGUGCUGACACUGCUGGGCCUCAGCCUGGUCCUUGGCCUGCCCUGGGCCUUGAUCUUCUUCUCCUUUGCUUCUGGCACCUUCCAGCUUGUCAUCCUCUACCUUUUCAGCAUCAUCACCUCCUUCCAAGGCUUCCUCAUCUUCAUCUGGUACUGGUCCAUGCGGCUGCAGGCCCGGGGUGGCCCCUCCCCUCUGAAGAGCAACUCAGACAGCGCCAGGCUCCCCAUCAGCUCGGGCAGCACCUCGUCCAGCCGCAUCUAGGCCUCCAGCCCACCUGCCCACGUGAUGAAGCAGAGAUGCGGCCUCGUCGCACACUGCCUGUGGCCCCCGAGCCAGGCCCAGCCCCAGGCCCGUCAGCCGCAGACUUUGGAAGGCCCAACGACCAUGGAGAGAUGGGCCGUUGCCAUGGUGGACGGACUCCCGGGCUGGGCUUUUGAAUUGGCCUUGGGGACUACUCGGCUCUCACUCAGCUCCCACGGGACUCAGAGGCGCGCCGCCAUGCUGCCUAGGGUACUGUCCCCACAUCUGUCCCAACCCAGGUGGAGGCCUGGUCUCCUUACAACCCCUGGGCCCAGCCCUCAUUGCUGGGGGCCAGGCCUUGGAUCUUGAGGGUCUGGCACAUCCUUAAUCCUGUGCCCCUGCCUGGGACAGAAAUGUGGCUCCAGUUGCUCUGUCUCUCAUGGUCACCCUGAGGGCACUCUGCAUCCUCUGUCAUUUUAACCUCAGGUGGCACCCAGGGCGAAUGGGGCCCAGGGCAGACCUUCAGGGCCAGAGCCCUGGCGGAGGAGAGGCCCUUUGCCAGGAGCACAGCAGCAGCUCGCCUACCUCUGAGCCCAGGCCCCCUCCCUCCCUCAGCCCCCCAGCCCUCCCUCCAUCUUCCCUGGGGUUCUCCUCCUCUCCCAGGGCCUCCUUGCUCCUUGGUUCACAGCUUGGGGUCCCCGAUUCCAAUGCUGUUUUUUGGGGAGUGGUUUCCAGGAGCUGCCUGGUGUCUGCUGUAAAUGUUUGUCUACUGCACAAGCCUUGGCCUGCCCCUGACCCAGGCUCGGUACCGAUGCCUGGGCUGGGCUAGGUCCCUCUGUCCAUCUGGGCCUUUGUAUGAGCUGCAUUGCCCUUGCUCACCCUGACCAAGCACACGCCUCAGAGGGGCCCUCAGCCUCUCCUGAAGCCCUCUUGUGGCAAGAACUGUGGACCAUGCCAGUCGCGUCUGGUUUCCAUCCCACCACUCCAAGGACUGAGACUGACCUCCUCUGGUGACACUGGCCUAGAGCCUGACACUCUCUUAAGAGGUUCUCUUCAAACCCCAAAUAGCUCCAGGUGCCCUCGGCCGCCCAUCAUGGUUAAUUCUGUCCAACAAACACACACGGGUAGAUUGCUGGCCUGUUCUAGGUGGUAGGGACACAGAUGACCGACCUGGUCACUCCUCCUGCCAACAUUCAGUCUGGUAUGUGAGGCAUGCGUGAAGCAAGAGCUUCUGGAGCUACAGGGACAGGGAGCCAUCAUUCCUGGCUGGGAAUCCUGGAAGACUUCCUGCAGGAGUCAGCGUUCAAUCUUGACCUUGAAGAUGGGAGGGAUGUUCUUUUUACGUACCAAUUCUUUUGUCUUUUGAUAUUAAAAAGAAGUACAUGUUCAUUGUAGAGAAUUUGGAAACUGUAGAAGAGAAUCAAGAAGAAAAAUAAAAAUCUGCUGUUGUUAUCACCUAGCAAA